AUGGGUAGUGGAGAUAAGAGUAAUCUGAAUUUCCAUCUGAACAUGCCGUUGAUUCAUUUCCACCACCACCACCAGGGGAAGAAGGAUAUACCCAAGGGUUGCGUGGCGAUAACGGUGGGGCAAGGGGAGGAGCAGCAGCGGUUCAUUGUACCGGUGAUCUAUAUCAACCAUCCGCUCUUCACGGAGUUGCUUAAAGUGGCUGAAAAUGAAUAUGGAUUUGAUCAAAAAGGUCCAAUUAAUAUUCCCUGCAAUGUUGAAGAGUUUCGCCAUGUUCAGGAUAUGAUCAAUAAAGAGAAAUCCCACCACCACCACCACCACCAGUUUUUGUGCUUCAAGGCUUGA